AUGUCGCCCAAACCCGCUGGUAACAGCAUCCUCGGACCAAACAACCCCCUUCCGUCCGCCCCAAGACCCAACACUCCGCCGCCGCCGUACACCUCCAGCGUACACGACGACGACACCACCGACAACCACGAAAUGCUCCCCAUCACCUCCGCCCACUUCUCCUCCCUAUCCGUGCGUCCCACUGAAGUCCUCCUAGCCUUUCCACGCACCUUCGAACCGGAUCUGGAGCACGGCAACCUAGACCCCACGCCCAGCGUCGCGAGCAGACUGAAUGCCUCCACGCUGCCACCAGCUGCUGCUCUCACAUACCCACCAACAGCAGCCGCAGCGUCUCAGCGACUCCACUGGGCGCAUACGCCAAGUGUUCCUACUGCAGACGACGUGGUCCAGACGACGCCGAGCAGGCACGGGGGCACUAGCGCAGAGGUGAAGGGGUGGAAGGUGUGCUGUUGGUGCGUGUUCGUAUUGACAGUGGUGGCGGCAGUCGUGGUGGCGGUGUGGGGUCUGGUGAGGUAUUGGUGGGGUAUGCGGCGAUGA